AUGUUUUGGGACCUUCUCCCACCGCGCGCAGCCCUUCUAGGGGAACAAAAAAAAGUAGCAAGAGACCACUUCGAUGCCCCACCCAUCGACGCAGAGGGCGACGACCCGUUCUAUGGGAGCAGCUUCUUCCGCGAGAGGCACCAGACAUUCUUCCAAAUGGACGGGUUCGACUACGACGCCAUCGCGUCCGAGGAUUUCGGGGCUAUAUGGGCAGUAAGAAACUCGGUCGCGGCCGCCUCCUGGACUAUCUUAGACGUAUACCGGGACCCCGCGCUGCUCGCGGACGUGAGGGCCGAGGUCGAUGCCUGUGCCUGUGCGCUCGAAGGUGCAGACGGGCGCAUCCAGCUCGAUGUCGACAAGCUGCUUCGCCUGCCCAUCCUCCAGGCCGUCUACGCGGAGACCCUGCGCCUCCUGAUGCACUCGGAUGGGGGAUGUGGCAGAUUUAGAUAUCCGAGACUGGGUCAUGCCCCGGCGCAAGGUGAUCGUUACCCCAGCGAUCGACGCGCACAUGGAUGCGGAAGCGUGGAACACCGGCGCGAACAACAAGCACCCCGUCGACCAGUUCUGGGUUGGGCGGUUUCUCAGGUAUUCGUCCCCAGGUGUGCCGCCAACGUUCUCGACCAAAGACCUCGAAGGGUCGUGGAUCCCUUGUGGCGGUGGGCCGCGACAGUGUCCCGGCCGGCACUUUGCGAAGCGCCAGAUAUUGCUUACUACCGCGCUGAUGGUAAGCUUGCUCGACUGCGAGAUAUUGGGGGAAGGGAGGGAUGUCAAGGAGGACUUCUCGCUUAA